AUGACAUUGGUGGAAGAUUACUUAAACUUGGGACAUUGUAUUGCGAUGGAUAAUUAUUCUUCAUCAAAACUCUUUAUUGAACUCGUAAAACGAAAGACAGACGCAGUUGGGACUGUUCGACUCAACCGCAGAGGUCUUCCGAUUGCUUUUCGACGUACUAAACCUGAAAAGAAUGAAAGAAUCGUUCGAUAUUAUAAAAAAACUCAUCAGACAAACGAUAUCAUGAUGACACAACUUCGAUUCCGUAUAGCACUUGCUCGUUCUUUAUUGGAAUACAAUUUACAUGAUCAUCUUCCGAAUCAAGUAGUUAGAAGAGGUCGACCAUCAAUUGAACCUACACCAAUACGGUUAGUUGGACGCCAUUUUCCGUCUAUAAUUCUUCCAAACUCAAAUAGGGAACGUUCAAGACGACGAUGUUUUGUUUGUAGUCAUACAGGAAUUCAGAGCAAUCGAAGACGACGUGAAACAACAUACGAAUGUUCGGUUUGCAACGUUGGACCUUGUGUCGAUCCAUGUUUUCGUAUCUAUCAUACUGUACUAAACUUUUGAUCAAAACGUUCAAUUUUCAAAACACUCACAGAAAGAAAUGUUUUGCUCUUUCUUAUUAAAAAGUAACAUCUGUUUUCCAUAUAAGAAUAAAAGAUAUUUAUGAACACAAGGUUUAUUAGUCUUAAAUAACUGUGAAUUUGUAAAAGUUACUGAGUAAAAAGAUUUUUAGUUAGUGAAAAAAAAUUAACAGUUAAGGGGUUAAUGAUUUUCUUAGACGUGCCCAAAACAGCCAGUGGUAAGAAAAAUCGUUUAUUGUUUUCAAUUUAUCAUAAGCAUUUGAAAGACAAUCGAAAUUUAAAUAACAGUAAUCAUAGUAACAUUGAUAAUAUAACAACAGAUGAUAUAGAAAAGAUUAUAUUUUGAUUGUGUAUGAAACAGGAAAAGUAUUGAUCGAUAAUUUUGAAAUGUGCAAAUUGUUAAAGCAAAAUAGUAUUUAUAAAUUAAAACAGUUAUGCGCAUAUAUAAUUCACCAUGAUCAAGCAAUGUAACUGAUAAUACAAUAACUGAUGGUGACGCUGACAAUGAAUCAGAUACAACCAGUAGUAGUGGAAACCAAG